AUGACUUCUGACAGCUCCCCCACGGGCAGCUCUUCUGAAUCCUGUGCCAGGGCUUCUGAUUGUGCGUUUGCUUCUACCUGUCCCGUGGAAACCACUUGUCUCCCCAGCGCCUGUGCUGCAUCCAGAUGCCAGACCCCUAGUUUCCUAUCCAGGUCUCACUUGCCAGCCGGCUGCUUCGUGCCACGCCACUUUGCUGGGAGUUGUAAUGUUCCGUGCUUGGUGGGGAACUGUGCUUGGUGUGAGGAUGGGGUGUUCAACAGCAAUGAGAAGGAAAUGAUGCAGUUCCUGAAUGACAGACUGGCCAACUACCUGGAGAAGGUGCGUGGCCUCGAGGAGAUGAAUGCAGAGCUGGAAGGCAGGAUCCGAGAGCAAUGUGAAGAGGAUAUCCCAUUGGUGUGCCCCGAUUACCAGUGUUACUUUGACACCAUUGAAGAUCUCCAACAAAAGAUCUUGUGCACGAAGGCAGAGAAUUCUAGACUUGCUGUACAGCUUGACAACUGCAAACUGGCCGCCGAUGACUUUAAGUCAAGGUAUGAGUCUGAACUGUCUCUUUGCCAGCUGGUGGAGACGGACAUCAGUGGCCUGCGUGGGAUCCUGGGUGAGCUGAACUUAUGCAAAGGUGAUCUGGAGGCCCAUGUGGAGUCUCUGAAGGACGAUCUUCUUUGCCUUAAGAAAAACCACGAAGAGGAAGUCAGCUUGCUUCGUGGACAGCUUGGUGACUGCCUCAGUGUGGAGCUAGACACUGCCCCCACCAUCGACCUCAACAGGGUCCUGGAUGAGAUGCGCCAUCAGUACGAGAUGGUGCUGGCCAACAACCGCAGAGAGGCAGAAGAAUGGUUCGCUGUCCAGACGGAGGAGCUGAAUCAGCAGCAACUGUCCAGUGCGGAGCAGCUGCAGGGCUGCCAGACGGAGAUCUUGGAACGGAAACGCACAGGCAACGCUCUGGAAAUUGAGCUCCAAGCACAGCAAAGCCUGACGGAAUCUCUGGAAUGCACUGUGGCAGAAACCGAGGCCCAGUACAGCUCCCAGCUGGCCCAGAUGCAGUGCCUGAUCGAUAACGUGGAGAACGAGCUGGCCGAGAUCUGCUGCGAGGUAGAGCGGCAGAACCAGGAGUACGAGGUGCUGCUGGACAUGAAGGCCAGGCUGGAGGGCGAGAUCAACAUGUACCGGGGCCUCCUGGAGAGCGAGGACAGCAGGCUUUCCUGUAACCCGUGUUCUACCACAAGCACGUCAAGCAAUACUUGUGAGCCGUGCUCGGCGUAUGUAAUGUGCACAGUUGAAAACUGCUGUGCAUGA